AUGAAUUAAGUUGUAGAGACUUUUUAAAGAUUUGAUAUCUUCGGACAAGAAAUUAGACUCUUAGCCACAGGCAAAUCAGCUUUUCGAACAAACAUAGGUGCAUUUAUGACUUUGACACUCUUAGCAAUUCUUGCUUAUUCUUGUAAUUCCUUUAUUUUAGAAAUGAAUAAAGGGAAAAAUGCAAUUCUUAAUUCAAAAGAAGCUGUAAUUUCUGGUGAAGAAGUAUAUAAACUUAGAAAAUUAAUUAGGGUUAUACGUUUAAUUCUUCUGAACUUAUCUUUGCCGUAGGACUAUUAGAUAACUUGGGAUAACCUAUUCCAAAUGAAAAUAAUAGAGUAUUCACUAUAAGUUUCUAUUAUUGUAACAAAUCUCUAACUGAAACUGAGUGUGUAUCUAUCCCAGGAACUAUAUGUGGUAACAGAAUAAAAGAUGUUUCAAUAGUAAAAAUAUCAUAAAAAUCUUAGUAAUUAAACAUCCCCAAAGAAUAUGAAGAUAUUACAUAUUGUAUGGAUGAAGAAUAUAUUAAAUAAAACCCAGAAAUCAAAAUUCAAGGUUCAACCAGAUAAGAUAAUUUCACUUUAUUGGGAGCAUUAGUCUAAAGAUGUUAGAAUAGUACAGAAUAUAAUAGUAAAUUUAUUAAUAAAAUUAGAUUGUGCAUCAAAUGAUGAUAUAGAUUAAUAUAUUAAAAAUGCUAACCUUUAUUACUCUUAUUCUUUUCAUUAAUUUAAUAAAGAAUUAGAUGAUUCCCCUUAUGAGAAUGCACAAAGUAUAGAUGUUACACCCAUGUACUAUAAAGUUCGAAAAUAUAUAAAAAUCUAUUUCUAAUACUCAUAAAGUUAAUUAGAAUAUAAUCCUUUUUAUUUCUUUCCUUCUUAUGCUUAACAUGAUGGCUUUGAAUAUUUAAAUUCUGCAAUUGAUUCUGCUUUAAAUUUUGAAGAUGAUAGUAGUUUUGCUUAAAUAGAAAUUAAUUUAGAUGCAAAGAAAAGAAUUCACUAUAUCACUUAUUAAACAUUAAUGGAUGUAGCUGCUAAAAUAGGUGGAUUUUUUACAAUAAUUAGAAUUAUUUUUGAUAUUGCACUAUUUCCUAUCUAAUCAAUACUUUAUCGAUUAUAUUUGAUUAAUUAUUUAACUCACCAAUAAAAUAACAUUAAUAAUAAUAACAAUUCUGAUACUCUUAAGAAUAAAUCAUUAACUUUUUAUAGUCUUAUAAAAUCAGGACAAUCAAGAUAAUUAUAUCUAAAUUAAUCUUUAAUGAUUGAUAAAUUUUUGGAUAUAACAGAAAUUCUUAUUAAUCCUUUAAGAUUUACUAGGCAAGUAGAAGAUUUAUAUGGUUCAAUUAAAAGAUUUGAUAUUUUAAGUGCUCGUCAGAAUAAUAUUAAUAUAAAUUAAGAAAUUGAUGAAUUGGUGGCUAAUAAUAAUAAUAAUAAUGAAUUAAUAGAUUUGAAAAGUAUGAGUCCUAGAACUAUAAAUUAAGAAAUAUAAUUUGGAAGUCUAACAAAUUUUAAAGUACCUUAACUUCAUGUAAAUUGA